UUAAGACAGCUAAAAACGAACUGUGAACUGAUAAGACGAACUGCGCAUGCGCCACCGGAAGCUGAGUUGUCAGUUUUGUUUUGGAAGCUGACAGGCACGUGAGCUGGUGACGUCUUCACGAGAAAGGGAAGAAGACAUGGCGGCGGACUCUGUCCUGAAGGUUUUAUUUGAACUUGAAGGAGUGUUCAUCCACCCGAGCAGCGAGGAGGACCUCAGCGAGCAGGAUUCACUCAUCUCAGGCUGCCUGAGGAUCGUUGACAAGGAUGCUGAGGUGCUGGUGGAGUACCGUCCUCUGGAGGACUCGGACCCCUCCAACAUGCUGUGUGCUGGGAAGGACUCCAGCUCGGUGAUGGAGUGGGACCAGUGUUCAGGGGAGAAGCUGUUGGAGACACAGCAGAGCUACGAGACCGAGUGGGACAUGGUCAACGCCGUGUCCUUCAAGAGGAAAAGCGUCACUAAUGGAGAGGCUCGCCAGUCUCGAGAUCUGCUGGACGACUUUGGACUCGUCAACAAGUUCCGGAAGGAUCCGUACGUCACCACGCUGGGUGGCUUCUCUAAAGUGACCAACUACAUCUUCGAUGCUUUCCGGGGGACAGAGGAGCAGCACCAGCGCCCCCCCGAGGAGGUGGCAGACCUCCUGGGGGAGGUGAUCCCCGGUCUGGAGAUCAACCAGCAGGAAGAGCCCGGCUUCGAGGUCAUCACCAGGAUGGACCUGGGGGUGCGGCCCCCGGUGUCGCGGAGGGACCCUGUCUCUUCAGAGGAGUGGAGCAGACAUCAGGAUGCUGAGGGGAGGAUGAUCAAUGUCCCUCUGCUCAAACAGCUCAUCUUUAAAGGGGGACUGUGCCACGCAAAGAGGAAAGAAGCCUGGAAGUUCCUGCUGGGCUAUUUCCCCUGGGACAGCACCGCGGAGCAGAGGAAGGUCCUGCACAGAGCCAAAACUGACGAGUAUUUCAGGAUGAAGCUGCAGUGGAAGUCUGUUAGCGAGCAGCAGGAGAGGAGGAACUCCAAACUCAGAGACUACAGGAGUCUGAUCGAGAAAGACGUCAACAGAACGGACAGAACCAACAGGUUCUAUGAAGGCCUGGAUAACCCGGGUCUGGUGCUGCUGCACGACAUCCUGAUGACCUACUGCAUGUACGACUUCGACCUGGGCUACGUGCAGGGGAUGAGCGACCUGCUGUCUCCUGUCCUCUACGUGAUGGAGAACGAGGUGGACGCCUUCUGGUGUUUCGUCUCCUUCAUGGAUCAGAUGCACCAGAACUUUGAGGAGCAGAUGCAGGGUAUGAAGACUCAGCUGAUCCAGCUCAGCACUCUGCUCAGACUGCUCGACCUCUCGUUCUGGAACUACCUGGAGGCUCAGGACUCGGGGUACCUAUACUUCUGUUUCCGCUGGCUGCUGAUCAGAUUCAAGAGAGAGCUCAGCUUCCAGGAUGUCCUCAGGCUCUGGGAGGUGAUGUGGACCGGGCUGCCCUGUCAGAACUUCCACCUGCUGCUGUGCUGCGCCAUCCUGGACUCAGAGAAGCAGAAGAUCAUGGAGGAAAACUACGGCUUCAAUGAGAUCCUCAAGCACAUUAACGAGCUCUCCAUGAAGCUGGACAUCGAAGACAUCCUUCAGAAAGCAGAAGGCAUCGGGCUGCAGAUCAAGAGCUGCAAGGACGUCCCCCCCUCCAUCAGCUCCAUCCUGGGCUGGGACUCGGACCCUCCGGCCCCCACCACGGCUCUCAGGACGCCCCAGAGAGGAGACGCCUGCUCCAGCGGACUCUGCAGAGACAGCAGUGCACAGAACGGCGGCACAGUGGCCUUCAUAUCCUAGAGACUGCCUGUAACAGCACAGAAGAAGAGCAGGACUGUCUAUACCCCCACAGAAGAAGAGCAGGACUGUCUAUACCCCCACAGAAGAAGAGCAGGACUGUCUAUACCACCACAGAAGAGAGCAGGACUGUCUAUACCCCCACAGAAGAGGAGCAGGACUGUCUAUACCACCACAGAAGAAGAGCAGGACUGUCUAUACCACCACAGAAGAAGAGCAGGACUGUCUAUACCCCCACAGAAGAGAGCAGGACUGUCUAUACCACCACAGAAGAAGAGCAGGACUGUCUAUACCCCCACAGAAGAAGAGCAGGACUGUCUAUACCCCCACAGAAGAGAGCAGGACUGUCUAUACCACCACAGAAGAAGAGCAGGACUGUCUAUACCCCCACAGAAGAAGAGCAGGACUGUCUAUACCCCCACAGAAGAAGAGCAGGACUGUCUAUACCCCCACAGAAGAAGAGCAGACUGUCUAUACCCCCACAGAAGAAGAGCAGGACUGUCUAUACCCCCACAGAAGAAGAGCAGGACUGUCUAUACCACCACAGAAGAAGAGCAGGACUGUCUAUACCCCACAGAAGAAGAGCAGGACUGUCUAUACCCCCACAGAAGAAGAGCAGGACUGUCUAUACCCCCACAGAAGAAGAGCAGGACUGUCUAUACCCCCACAGAAGAAGAGCAGGACUGUCUAUACCACCACAGAAGAAGAGCAGGACUGUCUAUACCCCCACAGAAGAAGAGCAGGACUGUCUAUACCCCCACAGAAGAAGAGCAGGACUGUCUAUACCACCACAGAAGAAGAGCAGGACUGUCUAUACCCCCACAGAAGAAGAGCAGGACUGUCUAUACCCCCACAGAAGAAGAGCAGGACUGUCUAUACCCCCACAGAAGAAGAGCAAGACUGUCUAUACCCCCACAGAAGAAGAGCAGGACUGUCUAUACCCCCACAGAAGAAGAGCAGGACUGUCUAUACCCCCACAGAAGAAGAGCAGGAUGUAAAAAGGAUGUCCGAUUCAGAAUCUUAUUUUUGUAAUUCCUUGUACCAUAGCGUGUCUCUCAUUCCUCCGGCAGAGUCAUUCUCUCUUAGCUCUGCUCAGACAUUAUUCAGCUUUAAUAACUGACCCCCCCCCCAGCUGCAUCAUCACUAUUAUUAUCAUUAUUUGUAUUAUUUUUUACUGAUUGCCUGAACGCGCCUUGUAUGGAGGGCUUAAAUAACCCUCAGAAAUAAUCAGUUGUUCCUCAUGAAGCUCCAGGAUCCAACCGAGGACCCUCUGAAGCGAACGGCUCUUAGUAUUGUUAUUGUUAUUUACUCUUAAAGGAACGCUACGGUCUGUUGUUCAGAGGCAGAUACACAUUUGGGGAUUUUUUUUAAUGUUACUUAAAGAGGACACGUGUGAUUAAAACAUGAUUCACUUUUUUUAUUAAAUAUACGGAAGACGGUGAACAUGUCGGAGAUCUGACCUACUGGGAUUUUAUCAAACUGUUGUGAUAUCAAAGUCAGAAUUCGCUUUAUUGUCUACGGAAGAGGAUUAGGGCCACGUGUGAGAACAAUUUGAUUUGCUCAAAAGGGUUUUUUUUGUUCUGGGUUCAAAAUCAGAAUCCUGAGAGAAAAAUCUGAAUUCUGAAAACACAUUUUUUUUCCACUGAAAGUUUUUUAUUUUUUAAUAAUUUUUCUGAAAAUCUCAGAUAAAAUUCUGAAUUCUGAAUUCUGAGAUUAAAGUCAUUAAUUCCUGCUGUGGUCUUCAUCCUCUUCUGUAAUUACACAUAACAUCACUAUAAUGAUAAACAUGCUGCAGGAGCAGGAACCGGUCAUCUCUAAAACGCUAAACAUGAAAUAAUUCAUCGGAGAGGUUUGUGUGUGUUAGCAUGGAUUCAUUUCGAAACUUCUGUUUCAUUAUUACAUGAUUUCCAAAGCGUUCCUUCAAAUGGACGACGUGAUUGUGCUUGUUAUUAUAUAUUGAUUUCUCCAGGGUUUGUGAUCUCAGCUUUUACGUUCUGCAAUAAAAACAUUUCAUUCUAAUCAGA